AUGAUAGACGCAGCAGAUGACCAUCCAGGGACUGGGCCGGAUGCUGAGAGGAGGAGGGAGAGAUUUCAUAAAGAGGAGAUAGCCAGGUUAGUGACCACAUCACAAAGAGACAUGUCCGUGUGCGGUCUGAUCGCCCGGAGAAUUCUCCUGGGCAUCUUUUGCAUUGUGGGUACCUUGUCGGAACAACUUUCUGAGAGUACACAGAGACUAGGAUUUGGGGAUAUGGAGAAAUUCAAGUUGGUUUCUGUACACAACAAACUGCGCGGAAAUGUGCGCCCCCCAGCUGCCAACAUGAGGAGAAUGAGCUGGAGCGAGUCUUUGGAGGCCCGGGCCCUUGAAGUUGCUUACCAAUGUCUACAGAAUGCACCAGAUGACCCCGAGGUUGGCUGGAAUUUGCAGAGUUUUCCUGUAGGAAUCAUGACAUUCAGAGAAGUCAUCACUCUUUGGUUCCGUCAAAGAGACAAUUAUAAUUUUCAAACGUCUGAGUGCACCCAGAAUCAAACCUGCCAUCAUUACACACAGUUGGUUUGGGCAUCUUCAUGGGAGCUGGGCUGUGGGAUGAGUCAAUGCUCCUCAGAGAUGGGCAAAGUGGACAUGUUUGUAUGUGCAUAUGGUCCUGGGGGUAACUGGGACAUUGGAGGGCACAUCAUCAAUCCCUAUCAGUCUGGCCCCAGUUGCAGCAUGUGUACGGCCAGCUGGUCCGGCUGCUUCACAUCCUGGGAGCACCGUGGUGGCCUCUGUGAGGUGCCCAGGAACCCAUGCCGGAUAAACUGUGGGGACCAUGGAACAUUGAACAUGAGCAGCUGUCAAUGUGAUUGUGCCAAAGGUUACACCGGCCGUCUCUGCCAAGUGCGGUGCGCACCUCGCUGUCUACACGGCCAAUACAAAGCACUUGAAUGUUCCUGCAUAUGUGAUUCUGGAUACAGGGGGGCUGAAUGCACAGAGGAGGUAAAAUCUGCGCAGCCCUGUGAUCUUCUGAGUGAUGGUGUCUGCUUCAAGGUCUCCUCUGAUGUUCGUCCAUAUUAUAAAGCAAAAAAGAUAUGUCAGGAGUCCGGGGGACAUCUGGCUGAAAUAAGGACACAGAAGAUUCAGGAUAUUUUGGCUUUUUAUCUUGGACAAUUGGGAGACAUAAAUGAAGUGGAAAUGGAUAGACACUUCCAGACCCAGAACUUCUGGAUUGGCCUGACCUAUAAGAGCCGCUUUUCUUUCUUCCGCUGGGAUUCUGGAGUCCCUGUUUCCUUCCAAAGCUUUGCUCUGGGGCAACCAGACAAUGCUGGCUUUUCAAAUUGUGUGGAGAUGAUGGAAAAUGCACGAUUCAACUGGAAUGACCAACAUUGUAAGACACAUAAUCGCUACAUUUGCCAGUACAAAACAUAAAGUGGCUGAUUGUAUACUCCAGAAAAGAACAAAUAAGUGACCUGAUCGCUUCAGAAUUGCUCCCUAUUUCAACACAUGGUGGCCUCCAGAACUGACUGUUAACUGACCUAUGAGAGAAGGAUCCAGAUUACGACAGAUUCUUCAAGAGUGUGGAGGUCUCGAUACAGAUAAAAGUCGCCUGGACUGGCCAACUGUCUUAUAUGUAUGGAGGCCACUAGAGAUGAGCAAAGUUACAGUGAUUCGAUUUGUCACGAACUUCUCGGC